CGGGGAAGGAUUUUGUUGUGACAGCGAAGUAUCAACCCCGGCGGGGGAGGACGGAAAGAUCUGUGCAUAGGUGUACCAGCUGGGAACAAAAUGGCCUUCAGUAAGGGCUUUCGAAUUUACCACAAGCUGGAUCCACCCCCCUAUAGUGUCAUUGUGGAGACCAGGGGCAGAGAAGAAUGCCUGAUGUUUGAGUCGGGGGCUGUUGCUGUUUUGUCUGCAGCAGAAAAAGAGGCAAUUAAAAACACAUAUACCAGGAUCCAGGAUGCAUAUGGAAUUUUAGGUGUCCUUCGAUUAAAUCUAGGUGACUCAAUGCUCCACAGUCUGGUAGUGGUGUCUGGGUGCAGCUCAGUGGGUAAAGUCCAGGACUCUGAGGUUUUCCGAGUUACACAAACUGACUUCAUUUCUCUGAACAAUGACCCAGCCGACGAGGAGCGUAUUGCAGAGGUGCGAAAGGUUCUCAACUCUGGACACUUUUACUUCGCCUGGUCUUCUUCUGGAGUCAGUAUGGACCUGAGCCUCAAUGCACACCGCAGGAUCCUGGAAGAUACCACAGAUAACCGCUUCUUCUGGAACCAGUCCCUGCACUUGCAUCUAAAGCACUAUGGAGUAAACUGUGAUGACUGGCUGUUGAGGUUGAUGUGUGGAGGAGUGGAGAUUAGGACCAUUUAUGCAGGCCACAAACAGGCCAAGGCCUGUAUCUUCUCCCGCCUCAGCUCAGAGAGAGCCGGCACUCGCUUCAAUGUGAGAGGAACCAAUGAUGACGGACAAGUCGCCAACUUUGUAGAAACUGAACAGGUUAUUUUUCUGGACGACAAAGUGUCAUCCUUCAUUCAGAUCCGUGGGUCCAUUCCGCUCUUUUGGGAACAGCCUGGAAUUCAGAAAAAGUCCAUUAAGGGUGUUUUGUUGCAACUGAAUGAAAAUCGGACCCCUAAUGGCCUGGAUGAGAACCCCCAUCUGGUCGGUUCUCACCGAGUCAAACUGUCUAGAGGAUUUGAGGCAAAUGCACCAGCUUUUGAAAGACAUUUCACCGCCCUUCGAAGAUUAUACGGCAAACAGGUCAUCAUUAACCUGCUGGGGAGCAAAGAGGGGGAGCACAUGCUCAGUAAAGCUUUUCAGAGCCAUUUAAAAGCCUCUGAGCACGCUUCAGCAGUGAAGAUGGUAAACUUUGAUUACCAUCAAAAUGUUCGAGGAGGAAAAGCAGACAAACUGCAUAGUGUCCUCAAACCACAACUUAACAAAUUUAUUGAUGAGUGCGGCUUCUUUUACUACUCAGGGGAUACGGGGAUUACCAGGACUCAGAGUGGGACCAUGAGAACCAACUGUCUGGAUUGUUUGGACAGAACCAACAGCGUCCAAGCUUUUUUUGGCCUUGAGAUGUUGCCAAAGCAGCUUGAGGAAAUGGGUCUGACUGAAAAGCCGCAGCUGGUGGCCAGGUUCCAGGAAGUAUUCCGGACUAUGUGGUCUCAAAACGGGGACUCUGUCAGUAAAAUCUAUGCAGGCACUGGGGCGCUGGACGGAAAGGCCAAGGCUGGGAAGCUUAAAGAUGGUGCUCGCUCAGUCACCAGAACCAUUCAGAACAACUUCUUUGACACGUCCAAACAAGAGGCCAUAGACAUCCUCAGACUGGGUUCUACUCUGAACAGUGACUUGGCAGACAAGGCUCGAGCACUACUUACAACCUCCAGUCUUUAUGUCACUGAGCCGGUCUUGCAAUCAGCGUCCCCUAGAGUUUUGCUGGGGAUGUGUCAGAGCUACCAGAAGUACACCAGGCCAAAGAAGAUCCGAGUGUGUGUUGGUACCUGGAAUGUGAAUGGCGGUAAACAGUUUCGUAGCAUUGCCUUUCGCAACCAGACUCUGAACGACUGGCUCCUAGAUGCUCCCAUGAAAGCAGGAUUUCCUGACUUCCAGGACAACAAAGUAAACCCGAUAGACAUUUUUGCCAUCGGUUUUGAGGAAAUGGUUGAACUGAAUGCUGGAAACAUCGUCAGUGCUAGUACUACAAAUCAAAAACUUUGGGCGGCUGAGCUACAGAAGAAUAUCUCCCGGGACCAUAAAUACGUGCUGCUGGCCUCAGAGCAGCUGGUUGGCGUGUGUUUGUUUGUAUUCAUCCGCCCACAGCAUGCACCUUACAUUAGGGAUGUUGCUGUUGAUACUGUAAAAACUGGAAUGGGUGGGGCAACAGGUAAUAAAGGUGGUGUGGCCAUCCGCCUGCUGUUUCACACCACCAGCAUCUGCUUCCUUUGUUCCCACUUCGCUGCUGGACAAUCACAGGUCAAAGAGAGGAACGAUGACUACAAUGAAAUCUCUCGCAAACUCAGCUUCCCCAUGGGCCGGUUGUUGGAUUCACACGACUAUGUCUUCUGGUGUGGAGAUUUUAACUAUCGCAUCAACCUGCCUAAUGAAGAGGUCAAAGAGCUCAUCAAACAGCAGAACUGGGAUGCUCUGACUGCCGGGGACCAGCUGGUUGAACAGAAAAAUGCUGGAUUGGUUUUCAAAGAGUUCAUUGAGGGCAAAUUGGAUUUUGCGCCGACCUAUAAGUAUGACCUGUUCUCUGAGGACUAUGACACCAGUGAGAAGUGUCGCACACCGGCCUGGACCGACCGCAUACUGUGGAAGAGAAGGAAAUGGAACUUUGACCAAACUGCUGAAGAGAUGAAUGUAGUGGGAGCAGCAUCUGUCUCUGGCGAAUGUGAAGAUGAUCCGGAUCAACCCUGGAGCCCUGGGACUCUCAAAUACUAUGGCAGAGCAGAGCUCAAGACUUCAGAUCAUAGGCCUGUGGUUGCUCUGAUAGACGUGGAUAUCCUGGAAGUGGACCCUGAGGCGAGGCACCAGGUUUACAAGGACGUCAUUGCCCUUCAAGGACCUCCAGAUGGGACCAUCCUAGUUUCCCUCUGCUCCUCUGGCCCGGACGACUACUUUGAUGAUGCUCUCAUUGACGAGCUGCUGGACAAGUUUGCUAAUUUUGGUGAGGUCAUCCUGAUCAGAUUUGUCGAGGAGAAGAUGUGGGUGACUUUCCUGGAAGGUUACUCUGCCCUUGCUGCUCUCUCUCUUAGUGCUUCCUCUGUCAUGGGUAAAGUGAUUGAUAUUCGUCUGAAGAGUCCGGGUUGGAUUAAGAGUCUGGAAGAGGAGAUGAGUGUGGAGAGGAUCUGUGGUACUAUCCCCACAUCCGCUAGCUCCACUCUGCUCGCCGAGGACACCGACAUGGGCGACGAUGAGUUUGAUAUGGAGGGUGAAGUAGACGAGGAGGUGGAGGAGAUUCUGCCCCAGCACUUGCAGCCCGGAGCAGGUGUGGGUCCUGGGUCAUCCCCUCUGCCUUCCCCUCGCGGCAGUCCCUGUCCCUCUCCCACUGGAGAGACGGCCCCCCCCAGCCGACCCAACCGAGCUGCCCAGCCCACCAGACCCUCACAAGGUCCUCCUGUUGACUUCCAGCCUGGUGCACCCACAGCUGGGGCUAUGGAGCCCAAACGCCCUCCUCCACCACGUCCUAAUGCCCCCCCUGCUCGACCCGCACCUCCUCAGCGCCCACCUCCUCCUUCAGGAGCAAAAAGCCCUUCUCUUCAACGCCCUGACGCUGUUGCCGGAAGAGGCCAGACAGCAGCAGGAGCACCUGGGCCUUCCAGACCUAAUAUCCCUCCGCGUGCUGGGGUGAUCAGUAUGCCUCCACAGUCUCGGCCUCCCCCUCCCUCUCAUCCAGGAGCUCCCAGACCCAUCCCAGAGGUUCAUCCUGGGGCACCACGGCCCAUUCCAGACACCCACCCUGGUGCACCGAGACCUGUGCCCACUGCCCAGGCCAAACAGCCUGAUCUGCCCCCGGGUUCUCAGCAAUCUGGACCUCCUCCUCCUGGGCCUGUUGCUCCCGCGAGACCCUCGGCUGCCUCCUCCAUGCCCACCCCCAUGCAGCCUCAGCCCAGUGCCCCUCAGCCGCAGCUGCCCCCGCCCAUGCAGCCCUCACUCCCAACUCCACUGCAGCCUCAACAAGCUACUCCGCCCCCUGCUGCUGCCCCUGCCCAGACAGGAUCCUCACAAGCCUUGGCCUCCCCCAAACCUCCCCCAAGGUCCCGCUCUCAUCACGCCCUGCCACCGGACACUUCUAAAUCUGACUCAGCCCCAGCUUCACAGACCAAUGGACUGAAUGGAAUCCAAAGAGAAGCACAAUGGAAGCCCGACCCCUUUGAAGCCCUCACAUCAGACUUCCUGUCCUCUUCCUCCUCUUCCUCAAAAUGGCAGAACACACAGUCCCUCACACGGGGCUCCUCUCUGCGCUGCCCUCCACCACUCCCCUCUUCGGCCUCCACCUCCAACACUUUCCCCUCCUCGUUCUCCCUCCAAUCUUCAGCCUUUAGUGACCAGUUUGAGUCCUCCUCCUCCUCGUCCUCUCUCUCCACACCAUCUCCCUUCACCUCUGUGUUGCUUCCUCCUCCUCCACCGGUCCCGUCGCGGAGUCGCUCGCAGGAGACCCUGCGCGCAUCUCCUGGUCCUUUGCCCACCGAGCCGCUACCAGCGCGACCCAGUAGCACCAACCCCUUCACUGGCCCCCUAGUCCAGCAACAGGAACCACGCCGAUCGGUCACUCCAGAUUUUAGUGUCCAUCGCCCUGCUAAUCUUCACAGGACAAUGUCUGCCUUCGCCGAGCCUCUUGUCCCUACCCCUGCGCCGGCUUUACAGUUACAAAAAUCAGCUUCUUUAUUUGGAUCGCCAUCAAAUCCAACUCCUGCUCCAUUAUUUGCUCUCGAAUCUGUACCGCUUGCCCCUAGUCUGCCUCUAGCUCCUCCUUCCUCGCUCCCUCCUCCUCUCGCACCCUCUCGCCAGCCACAGCCAUCCAUCGCUGCAAAACCAAACAAGCAGUGGGUCACAUUUGAUGAUGAUUCAGCAUUUCCAACAAAAAUGGCACCUCAAGCCCCUGUGGUCCCCACAAGCUUGCAGACUGAACCUUCAUCUCGUUUUGUUUUUGGCUCAGAACCAGAUUGGUUGACCUCAACUCCUUCAGUAUUUCCAAAUCUUGCGCCUCCUGUCCCAACCAGAACUGCAGCCAGUGUCCCAAAGCUCCUCGAUGGAGCCAGUGAUGGCCUUUUCUUCUCACAGGAGCCCACAGAGCGAUAGGUCCAGUAUCCAAUAAAGGGCAUAUGCAGAUUAUAAUAUGUAUAGAUCUAUUAUCAUGUGUAUAUGUGUGUGUUUAUGUACAAAAGCGACGGUAUUUAGUAUAUCAUGUUAUUACUCAUGAAAAAAGGGUUUCAGUAUCACAGUAACAACUAAAUGUUUCAAAUAUGGCUGCUCAUUCCACAAUAUAUGCAUAUAUUUAACACAAAUCAUUUUAAUGUUUAAUUUUUCUGCAGCAAACUUGUGCCUGUGUCUGCAGUAUAUCAAAUAUCUAUACAUACACAUCAACUGUGCAAUAUCAGCACUGGAUUCAAUGUUUGGUAUCUUAUAUAUAUUUAUUUGACCCAAUUUAUUUCUGAUUAGCAUGCUCAAACAUGCACACAUUUUGGAUUUGACGAGUUUAUGCACUGCAGGUUUUACAUAUAAUUGUACAUUUACUGUUGCUGCUUUCUGUAAUGUGUUUUAUUUGUUUGUGACCAAAAAUGUUAGGCUUCCUUUUAUCAUGAAUGUAAUUUAGUGUGCACUGGGUUUUGUCCUUGACUCUGAGCUGAUGCAGAACUGAGCAACAGCAGUGAGUCAGUUUACUGCUGCCAGACUAAAGGUCAUUUCUACAUAAAAAUCUGUCAAUGGGCUGUUAUGCUUCGCUAAAUAUAUUUUGUAGGUCUAUAUUAAAAAGUGAUACAUAGUGAUUUUAUUUAUAAAAAUCUUUUCAGUAUGGAAACUAUUCACUAAAUUUGUGUAUGUGUAACAGGAAUGCACUAAUGCCAUACCCUACUUGUUAUUGUAGAUGGCAGUGAUACAGAUUAUUUACUGAGGAUUUUCAAAGUUGUGGUCCUGAGUUUGAUCCAAAGCAGCAUACAAUACUAAUGUAAAUGGAGAGCAAGUAGUUUGGCUGUGUUUAUUCACCUACUGUGGGGAUGGUGAUGGACAUGUCAUUUGCACAUAGCUGCAGUAAUGAGAGGUUUUAUUUUAUUUCACGUACGAAAAAAACAUUUAUUUUUUAAAAAGCGUCUCUAUAGAAUUGUAUUGACACUGUGGUAUUAAGUCGAGUGUUGUGUUUGAGGUCCAUAUAGUUCGUAUAUUUGAGUAUGCUAUACUCGGCUGAGUGUGUGCUGAAAUGGCAGUGAAUUUGAGAGGAGUCUUUCCCUCAGGAAGUCGUCUUGUGUAUAUGCGUAAAAACUUUCAGAAACAUCAGUCUGUAUUCAGUCCCUUUGGUAAAGGCAUCACUGUAUACAGAUGUGUUAACAUUAUCAAACAAAGGACCUUUGUUUCAAAGGCCACCCACAAAGCCAUUGAGCAGUUCUCAAUACGAGUCAUACAAAAUGGACAUUAUAUCAUAACUACUUUUUUCCUGAUUAACUCUUGGAUUUCCCCAGAUAUAAUUUUCAGUUGUCUCCUGUAUGUGUGGUGUACUUGGCCUUUUUUUCAAAUGUAAUUUAAAUUGCAGUGUGUUGGGUCUCCUCUCCUCUGUUUGGAUCUACUUGUACAGCUGCUAUAGUAAUUGUUACCAAACCUUUGACCAGGUCGUAUCAGGGUGGCAUGUUAGUAUUCUCUCUAUUUACAAAUUCACAGUGAGGAACCUGACAGUGAUUAAAAAAAGCAAUAGUUUUACAAAAGGGUGAUUGAGUUUGAGAUUCCACAACUGAUUCGCUUGUGGGGGCAUUUUCUUUAAUAAAUUAAACAUCUGAAACAAAUAUUAAGGAGAACAAUAUAUCCAAUCUAUGAACGAACUUGCUAAAGUUAACACUUAUGCGCUUUGUUAAAAUGAUUGUAGAAUAAAUACAAUAAUCUAAAAUGGCUGCACUCAAAACAUAUGUAAGUAGGUGUAUAUUGUUGCCUUUGCUUACAUGCACACUUCAGUCUUGUCUCCCAUCUGUUGUGUACUCCCUGUGUGCAUUAGGUACAGUAUUUGCAUUCACUUAGAUAACAAGCCAGCGCUUUGUGUCAUAUUCAAAAUAUUUUUUUCAGGAAAUAUUGCUCCCUCUGUGCGAUUGGUGUUCCCUCUUAUGACUAUAAUCCAUAGUAAAUAAGUCUGUGUUGUUGAACAUAUUCUGUAUGUAUUCCUGUGAAACGUGGAGCUGUAAUUCAUGUCAAUAUCAAGGUUCUAUAUUUUAUGUGCAGAGCUCAUUGCACAUUAUGUAAGAAGCAGUUUGUGUUGUAUGUAUGCAAAAAUAAAUGUAUGUUUACCUGA